AUGUUCCAAUACCGCUCUCACUUCUUCCCGACUCUGAUAUGUGGCCGCUUCGCGCGAUUCAUACGCUGGGACCGAUCCGGGGCCGUCGUCAGCAAGAGGUUUGACUACACUGAGGAAACGACCUUGAUCUUCAACUUUUACAAGCGAUUCCUCCAGUUGAUACCUAGCCAACGAGGGAAAGACACUGCUGUUUCUCUCAUUGCUGAUGGCGACCCCUAUGCCGUGCUUGCUCGAGCUAAAGUCGGCCUGGAGAAGCGAGAGAUGAAUAUCGAGGACCAGAAGCUGUUCUGCAUGGAUGUGACCCUCGAUGGUAAGCCUCAGCAAUUCGUGGUGUGUGCUCCCAAGUUCGAUGAUGGCGCGUUCUCGCCCUUUGGGCGAUCGACACGUAGGUCUCUUGCUAUCGAUCCGGAUAGUCCUGAUCUCCGUGAUCCUGCUAAGUCUCGUGCAGGGCUAUUGUUUAUGCAGGACUACUGGCGUGAAGAGUCACCUCAGAUUGCGAAGGAAUCGGAUAUCUACCAUCUUAGCCCCGCACCGAGUUCCACACAUAGCUGAGAUGGAGACUGGGGGAGAUGUCGCCGACACGACCACGAUCACGCAGGAACAUGUACAAGGGUCGUUGGCUCACAGACCCACUGACGACGAGGUCGACUGCCUCCCGACAUUGCGGGGCCACCGGAUUUUCUUGAAAAUCAUCCGAAGAGAUCUGAUGACUUUCUGCUAUAUCAAAGACCUUGUGACCCUGUAUCGCGGAUGCCAUGGAAG